AUGGUGGGGAACCCCCGGACUCCGGGCGUCAAGCGAGGGGACGGCGCCCCCGGCCAGUCUCCGUACCAGAGGUUAAGUCAGUGGAUGCAGGACAUCUCCGGGGACCAGGGCGUGCUGAAGGACGUCAUCCGAGAGGGCGCGGGUGAGCUGGUGACACCCGAUGCUUCCGUGCUAGUGAAAUACUCUGGAUACCUGGAGCACAUGGACAAGCCUUUUGACUCGAAUUGCUUUAGGAAAACUCCUCGACUCAUGAAGCUUGGAGUGGAUAUUACACUUUGGGGCAUGGAGCUGGGCCUUCUGAGCAUGCGGAGGGGAGAGCUGGCCAGAUUUCUGUUCAAACCAACCUAUGCCUAUGGAACACUAGGCUGCCCGCCCUUGAUCCCCCCAAACACCACUGUCCUGUUUGAGAUUGAGCUACUUGACUUCCUGGAUUCUGCUGAAUCAGACAAGUUUUGUGCCCUGUCAGCUGAACAACAAGAUCAAUUUCCACUUCAGAAGGUCCUAAAAGUGGCAGCUACUGAACGGGAGUUUGGCAACUACCUUUUCCGCCAAAAUCGUUUCUAUGAUGCCAAAGUGAGAUAUAAACGGGCCUUGUUGCUUCUUCGCAGGCGAUCAGCACCCCCUGAAGAGCAGCACCUGGUGGAGGCCGCCAAGCUUCUUGUUCUUCUUAACCUCUCCUUUACAUACCUGAAGCUGGAGCAACCCACCAGGGCCCUGCACUAUGGAGAGCAGGCUCUGAUCAUUGACCAAAAGAAUGCCAAAGCCCUCUUCCGGUGUGGACAGGCCUGUCUCCUCAUGACUGAGUAUCAGAAGGCCAGGGAUUUUCUAGUCCGAGCCCAGAAGGAACAGCCCUUCAAUCAUGACAUCAAUAAUGAACUGAAGAAACUGGCCAGCUAUUACAGAGACUACACAGAUAAAGAGAAAGAAAUGUGCCAUCGAAUGUUCGCUUUUUGUGAUAAUGGCCCUACAGUAGGAGAAAAGUAAAGGCUGCUUGAUGUCUGAGAGGGG